CUCUCUCUCUGAUCUCUCACUACUGUUGCUAGCUAGCUAUAGCUGUUUAGCUAAGUGUAUAUGUGCAAGAUCAUACAAAGCUAGCUUUUCCUUUUCCUCUAAAUCCAACUUUAUUCUCCUCUUCCUUCUCCCAAAACUCUCCCUUAAAAAGAAGCUGAUUCCCCAUCUGAUCCCUCAUCAAAACCCUUCUCACAUUCGAUCUCGAUCACUCACACUUACACUCGCAGUUUGCACAGCUACUUCAUCUCAAGUAGUAGUAGUAAUAUACUAGCUAGAUCGGUCGGCUAUUUGCUGUAGCUAGCUAGCGUGAGCUAGCUUGGUUUGUAGAGCUUGUAUACUUGGAGGGAGGAGAUCGAUAGCCAUGGCUUCUUCGUCUUCUGACCUAACCCUAGACGACCACCACCAUCUGACGGCGGUGGCUGCGGCGUCGGGGCAGGCGACGCAGAAGCUUCAGGAGUUCUUGUCACGUCUCGAGGAAGAGAGGCUCAAGAUCGACGCCUUCAAGCGUGAGCUCCCUCUCUGCAUGCAGCUUCUCAAUCAUGCUAUGGAGGCGUACAGGCAGCAGCUGGAGGCGUACCAGAUGGGGAGCCAGCAUAGCGCCGCGGCGGCGGCGGCGGCGAGGGCGCCGCUGGUGCUCGAGGAGUUCAUACCGGUGAAGAACAUCGGGAUCGACGUCGUGGCGGCGGACAAGGCGGCGGCGGCGGGGGGCAACAGCGUGUCGUCGGAGAAGGCGAGCUGGAUGGUGUCGGCGCAGCUGUGGAACGCGCCGGCGUCGGCGUCGGCGGCGGACACGGCGGCGAAGGGGCCCCAGACGCCCAAGGAGCACUCGGAGCACCACCCGCUCGACACGAGCCCCAAGCUGAUCACCGCGCUCGACGGCGGCGGCGGCGGCGGCGGCGCGUUCCUGCCCUUCUCCAAGGACAACGCCAUGGGUGACGGAUCAGCCGCCGCCGCCGCCGCGCUGCCGGAGCUCGCGCUCGCGCCCGCGGAGAAGGCGGCGGACGCGAUCACCAUCGCCGCCGGCGAGGUCGACAAGAAGCCGUACGCCCACGACAACGGCGUCGUGGCGAGAUCGAGAGAAGCCCAGAACGGCGGGAAGCCGCCGUCGACGCCAUCGGACGGGCAGGCCGUCCCGCCGCCGCCACAGCCCCACCGGAAGGCGCGCCGUUGCUGGUCGCCGGAGCUGCACCGCCGCUUCGUCAAUGCUCUUCAGAUCCUCGGCGGCGCCCAAGUGGCGACCCCGAAGCAGAUUCGCGAGCUGAUGAAGGUUGAUGGAUUGACCAAUGAUGAGGUGAAAAGCCAUCUCCAGAAGUACAGGUUGCACACAAGACGGCCGAUGCCGUCGCCGGCGCCGCCGACGGCAGCGACGCCGCAGCUGGUGGUGCUGGGAGGCAUCUGGGUGCCGCCGGAGUACGCGACGCAGGCGGCGGGGCCGGCCAUCUACGGCGCGCACCCGGCGACGCAGCCGCACUACACGGCGGCGGUGGCGGCGCAGGAGUACUACCACCACCACCACCACCACCUGCAGCACCACCCCGCCGCCGCCGCCCUGGUGCACCACCGCGCCGUAGCCCCGCCCCCGCCGCUGCCGCCUCAGCAGCAGCUGGCCCCUCCCUACAGCGCCAAGUCGUCGGCGUCGGCGAGGCUCGGGUCCCCGGACUCCGACGGCCGUGGCAGCGGCGGCGGCGGCGGCGCCGCCGCCUCCGGAGCCGGAAGGGACAUGUCCGAGAGCAUCGAGGAGGAAGGCGAGGGCGAGGAGCGGGAGGACGACGACGACGACGACGAGAUGGCGGCGACCAACAACGCCCACGCCGUCGACGGCGACGACGACAACGACGAGAUCAACACCACCACCACCACGAGCGCGGGAGCGAUUAACUACUAAUUAAUCAACCAAACCAACCAAUCAAAUCACCACGCGUCGUAAUUAAUUACUCAUUAGUAAUAAUACUAGCUAGUAGCUUAAUUAAUCGCGCUAAUCCGGGAGAUUAAUUAGCGUCACCUGGAAAAAGGGAAAAGUGAUUUUUUGUUGGCGCGCGCGCGCGGAGAACGGGAGCCGAGCCGAGCCGAGCCGACCAGAGAAGGAGCAGGAGCUUGAGCUUGUCUCACUCGUUGAUGUGAUGCAUAUGUAUGGAACUAUGGAUCGAUGGAUAAUGUGAGGGCUUUACUUUGCUUUUGCUUUUGCUGGUUUUUUUUUCUCCCUCUUGUUUUUCUUCCUUUUUUGGGACUCUCAGCUGUUCCUGAUUUAAUAAUCCGGUAGUACUAGUAGUAAAUAUCAAAAUUAUGUGAUGGUGGAGAGAUUAAAUAUGAGCUAGAUGUAAUUGUUUGGGAGAUUAUGUUUGUUGUUGUUGUUAAGUUGAGAAUUGUGAAGAGCCACCAAUAAUGCAUAAUGCAGGGUUUGCUUCUGCAAUUAAUGUGAUUAUAUGUGAAUGGUUCUAAUUAA